AUGGACGCCAAGCAGCGCGAGGAUACGCUGGCAGUUGCAUCAGCAGCAGCACAAGCAGCAGACGCAUCUGCUCCACCGCGCAAGAAGUCGCGCGGCUCUGGAUGCGACAAGAGCGAGUUCGUGAGCGUCAAAGCGGGAAUGCGGGAAUUAAACAGGCGGCUAGCAGCUGCAUCAGAAGACGCCGUUGCUUCUGAUUCUUUUUCUCCUGCUGCCAGUACGACAACAGCAAUUGGAGUGUCAAAUGCGACACGGGAGGACGUCAAAUCGUGUCGAGUCAAAACAAAGACGACUUCGUUUAAAGCUGCUCGUCCUGUAAAGAAGAGAAGAGCGAGCAAAGUGGCAACGACUGGUGGGGAUGAGGAUGACGCACGUUCUGAUGCGUCGAAGAAGACGCUGGCGGAAGUGAAGCGGGAGCUGGAACGCGAGCAGAGAAAGAGAGUGGAAUCGCGUAUUCAGACGCUGCAGUGGGAAGCUGAAGCAACGGCAUAUGUUGUUUCGUUGACUUCUCGUGCACAUAACAAUGAUGGACCGCGUGGUUGUGUAAAACAAGGAGGAGAUAAGCAACUGAUUAGUGGUAAUCGAAUGGAGGAGCCAGCAGUAGCGUCACCGUUAACGAUGAUAGACGCCAAUAGAUUGCGCGCAACAAGUACGUGCAAAGCAGGUUCUACUACCCUUCACAUGCCGGUCAAAGCUCUUGAUGGGUCGUCGGUUGAACCGCCGUGUAAGAACGAGUUUAUUACUGGGGAUGUAGACGAAGACGUAGUGUAUGCACUGGCGCUUGAAGAGGCGGAACAGAAGCUCGCAACGCCUCAGAAGCCACUGCCGUCUCGUAGUGGAUCUGUGAGUGCUACUAACUCGAACUUUGUAGCAUCACGCAGUCUUCGGGUGCCGACUGCCUCGCCGAUUCUCGCGCAACCGACGCUUCUGGAUUCACAUGUACAUGCGCAGAUGCAGCUAAAACAGGAUGGAGAUACUCAGGAGCCAAAAACAACAGAUGCCGUGCAGAUCGAAGCGAAUUCUGAGAUUGUGAAAGAGAUGGAACGCUUAAGGCAUGAGAACGAGCUUCUGAGGCGGUCCAAUGAGCUCCUUCGAGCGGCUGCUCUCACGUCGCCAUCGAUACGAGCAAAGGAUUUUGAGAAUGAGCAAUCUCGCGCUUCACUUGAUCAAGUGCAUGAUCAGAACAGUGUUAGUUCUACAUCUAAGGUUACUACAUCGGGUACCCCGGCUGGUAGUUUCACGACUCGAUUUCUUAAUCUGGCCAGAUGUGAUAACGAACAGAACGUGAAGCGAAUGGUCCCAUCCUGGGAGACUUACCACAUUCAGGACUGUACGAGUAGCCGUUCUACAGGGAGUCAGCAAACCAGCUCGUCGGAUGCACAAAGUAAAGACACGAUACUGAGUCGUAGCGGCAUAGAGAAGAACGGUAUGAAAAACCAGCACCAGGUCAAGACUAAGAAGGCACAGGAGCCUGAUAAAGCUGUGGAACCUGAGUCAAAGCACUCCCGUGAUGUGUCUCCGCAAAAUCUUGCGGCGGGGUCUGAUCAAUUUGCAGCUGCGGAAGACAAGCAUCCCUCUACGCGAUCGGCGACAAACUAUGUGUUUGAUCAGGACAAUGAGACUGCGCAGCUCGAACUACUGCAACCAAAAGAGCUUUCUUCGUCAGUGCAGACCGCACAUGGACGCUGCGCGCAUACUACGUCAGGAAGCGAUGAUCAUAGAGGACCGGAUGUGAGCAUGCUCGACGUCGAGGAGAGGGACCACGAGGAUGGCGGAAAUGACCGAGACGAAGAGGAAACUGUCAAUAAAGAUCGAUCGAGUGAGCGGGAGUCAACGGUUGACAAUGGAAGUUACACGAAGUAUAAAGUUCGACGAGAUUUUGUUUACGGUGAUGCGGACGACCAUAUGGAUGAGGUCUGUGACCGCAAGACGUUUGCUGUGACAACAAAGAUUGCCACUGCGCAAGCAUUAUCGACUCAUACCGACUCAAACGUAUUGGAGACGGUGAACAAUAACGAGUCCGAGUCUGCCCUAAAGCCGGAUAAAAAAGCGAAGACUGAAUCUCGAGACCAAGCUACUAAACAUAAGAACUCAGGCGGUGGAGGUGGUUCAGUUAAACACAAAGCGACGCGAGUGAAAUCGAUUAAUCAGCGAGUCGAUGUCGCCCCUGCAACUGUAUCGUCGAAAUGCGAUUCUGAGACGGAAAGUGAUGAAGAUUUGAAGGAAAACGUUGUCGGCUCAAAUGCGUUAGAAGCCGCUCUGAAGGCAGCAGAGGAUGAUACGGGCUGCAAGAAUGAUGCUAGGCCACGUUCUGUAGCCGACGGUGCAACGAGUCACAAGCGACGCGUGGUGAAAGAACACCGAUCUGUAGCUGCUUCGGUAUCCUUACCUGUGUUACCGGCAAGCAGCACAACGAGGCAACAAAAGUUUGCUAGUGUUUCCUCGACAAGUGUUAAAACCUCCUCGAGUAUAAAAGACACCUUGCUGUGGCCAGCGCUGGACGACUUUUACAACUUUUUGCUAGAGAUGUCGCCAAGAAACGUCCGUGGAUCCGAUCAGAAGAGGGCUCACCUCAAGAAAUAUGCUGGUGGAAAGCUGCCGGCUCAGUAUGAUUCAGUCGACGACUAUUGCGGCUUACACCUUGAGGCUAUCAUGGAAGAGUUAAUGGCAUCAGUAAGCAAUGCAACAAACAUGAGAUCUGGUGGAAGAUCAGGUCUAGUCCGUAACUUGCCACUCACGUCUGUAUCGCCUUGCGGCCCACAAAGAGGUGCUACAUCGUUAAACGGAUUGAGUUUCAAUGCCAUUUUCUCCGAGAGUGGUUACACUGGCAACACGUCUAGUAGUAACGAUUACAUCCUCACUUUUGGUAUCCCUCCGCAUGGCAAGAAGGGCGCGUCGGACUUUACGAGCGGUGAUUUGGUUUUAGUGCGCUCUCCUCGUUGGAAAAACUACAACAUGUGUGUUUUCGGUGUGGCAUUGUGCGGCUCAGCGGGCAUUGUGGGAGGUAAAAGCACUUUGGGAAGUGAAGGCAGAGGCAAUCGACUCGGAAAAAGCGACCAGAUUUGUGUACUUCUUCGCGCUCAAGAGCGAGAUGAAGGAGAGACAGAAGACAGUUUUAGCGUGUUGACGGAGCUGUGUCUAUCGAAUCACCGUGCCCCAAAUUGGCGAUGGUCCCUCGAGCAAGUGCACAAUGUCACUACAAGUGCGCGCGAGUAUCAAGCGAUCAGGACUAUACCGUUUGUUUCCAACGAUGUUCAGCAGUUGCUAUUGCGUGGACGCUUGGACUCUCCUGCUGCUGGACCUACUUCAAAUAACGCUACGGCAUUGUCUUCACUACUUUCGCCACGAUUGCUGAAGUAUCUAUCGGACCACUACAAUGAGUCACAAGUACAGGCGAUUGUUGGAUGUCUAAGAGAAAAUAGUAGGGUCAUUGUCCAAGGACCGCCUGGAACCGGUAAAACCAAAACAGUGCUGGGACUCCUUGCUGCUUUGCUGGAUGGUGCUGGACUCCCCGCUCUUGGAAAAGCAAAAGGGACCGCGCGUAUUCGUGUGGGUGCAUCAUUUGAGAGCGCUCGGAAGUCAUCAAUGCCCAAGACUGAAGCCGACACCUCGAUCCGAAUCCUCGUUGCUGCACCAAGUAACGGUGCUGUCGACGAAUUGGUCGUCCGAGUUCUAAGUGAAGGCUUAUUCAGUAGUGAGAAGGGAGAGUUCUUUCGUCCACGAAUUGUACGCGUGGGCCGUCCAGAAAGUGAUCAACAGCCACCAGGUUUGGCACAGGCUCAAGAACUCGGUGAAAACAAGGAGAACUGCAAGAAGAAGCGAAAGUAUGCUCACGAGGUGGAAGAGGUCUUGCUUGAUACUUUGGUAUCAAAGCAUCGACGUUCGUUUUCGACCGUGAAGCAGACACGCGAGGCGGUCAUCAAGAAUGCGCAGAUUGUGUUCUGCACUCUCAGUGGAGCUGGCUCUGCGGCCAUGUGUGAGUUCGCACAAGAGUUUGAUGCUCUUGUAAUCGAUGAGGCUGGCCAAGCCGUUGAGGCUAGUACGCUGAUCCCGUUCAAAUUUCGUCCGCGUCGAGUUGUGCUAGUAGGUGAUCAUCGGCAGCUACCGGCUACGGUGAUUUCGAAACGGCUUGUUACAAUGGGAUAUGACCGGAGUUUGCAACAGCGCCUUGUUGAGAAUGAUUCGCCGGUGCUGCUGCUUUCUCAGCAGUAUCGAAUGCAUCCUGACAUCGCCGAAUUUCCGUCAGCUUACUUUUAUAGUAGACGCCUCGUACAGGAUGACAACAUGCGCGAAUGGACUGCGCAGGACUAUCAUCACGAUCGUGCUUUCAAGCCGCUGCUGUUUUAUGAUGUGCAAGGAGCGCAGAGUCAGGUUAGCGGAUCAACGUCAUUGCGUAACAUGAACGAAGUUGAGGCCGUGUCCCUGCUUGUGCAUCGUCUGCUCGUGACAUUUCCACAGGAAGAGUGGAAAAAUCGUAUUGGUGUCAUUGCACCGUACAAACAGCAGAUUUACGAGGUGCGCAGUGCGAUCAGGAAGCUCGAGGUUGCGUUUAAUCGCCGUUUGGACAUUGAUGUGAAUACCGUGGACGGCUUCCAAGGUCGUGAGAAAGAGAUCAUCAUUUACUCGUGUGUCCGUACAAGUUAUGGUGGUCGCCGGAAGAAAAAGAGACGGAGACACGGGAAUGACACGGACGAGAAUGUUCUCGAUGCUUUCUGGGCAGACGAGCGGCGUAUGAACGUCGCGAUCACUCGAGCCAAGAGCAGCUUGUGGAUUGUGGGGAAUUCGAAGUUGCUGAAGCAAAGUCGUGCAUGGAAAGCUCUCAUCCGGCACACAGAAGACCAAAGCAGAUAUAUUGGCAACAGUGCUGUCUUUCUCGCCUCGCCUCGUAGUACACCGAAGAUAUAG